CUGUCCACGCCCUUCGAGUACAUGGUGCUGCUGACGAUUAUCGCCAACUGUAUAGUUCUGGCUCUGGAGGAACAUCUGCCCGAGCAGGACAAGACUCCGUUAUCGUUGUCUUUGGACGAAACAGAAGUGUACUUUUUAGCAAUAUUCUGUAUAGAAGCACUUCUCAAGAUAAUAGCAUUAGGAUUUUGUUUACACAAAAAAUCUUAUUUAAGAAAUAUUUGGAACAUCAUGGAUUUUUUAGUCGUAGUUACUGGGUUUAUCACCUUGUUUGCCUCCAGUGGGUCUUCUGGUACAUUCAACCUUCGCACUUUGCGUGCGGUCAGAGUGCUUCGACCUCUCAAGCUGGUGUCUGGAAUUCCCAGCCUCCAGGUAGUACUCAUGUCAAUCAUCCGAGCGAUGGCACCUUUAUUGCAGGUCUGCCUCCUCGUUCUUUUUGCCAUUGCCAUGUUUGCAAUCAUUGGCCUUGAGUUUUAUGUUGGUGCAUUUAAAAGUGCUUGCUACAAAGUGGACUCCACUGAUUACUCUGAAGAUAACAUAGACCAAGGAGAUGAAGAUGACAUAUGGCCGUGUAAUGAUCAAGCAACAUAUGGUUCAUAUAUUUGCCAGGAAAAUGUUUCAACUUGUUUACCUUACUGGGUUGGUCCCAAUGAUGGUAUUACAAGUUUUAAUAACAUUGGCUAUGCAAUGCUGACUGUGUUUCAGUGCAUCACAAUGGAAGACUGGACCAGUGUCCUAUUUUAUACAAAUGAUGCCUUAGGAAGCUAUUUCAACUUUCUAUUUUUUAUUCCACUCAUCAUAAUUGGAACAUUCUUCAUGCUAAAUCUAGUUUUGGGUGUUCUUAGUGGAGAAUUUGCCAAAGAGAGAGAAAGAGUAGAAAACCGCAGAGCCUUCUUCAAACUUCGUAGGCAGCAGCAAAUUGAAAGAGAGAUAGAUGGCUACCUGGAAUGGAUAUGUAAAUCUGAGGAACUGAUUCUAAGUGAAGAAAGAACAACAGAUGAGGAAAAAUUAAAAAUUAUUGAAGCUCGUAGGCUGGCAGCAGCUAGAAAAAUGAUACAGCUAAAAGGGAACGACAUAGAGAAUGAGAAUGAUCAAAAUGAAGAUGAAUUGUUGGCCGCUAUGGCACCAGGCAAUUCCUUUACAAAAAUCUUGAAGAAAAGAAAAACAGGGAAGUAUGCUUCAUUCUGGAGAGCUGAGAAAAGUUUUAGAUACUCCAUACGUCGUCUAGUCAAGAGUCAAAGUUUUUAUUGGAUAGUCAUCGUUCUGGUAUUUCUCAACACUGUAUCAGUGGCAUCAGAACAUUAUAAUCAGCCAGAGUGGCAUACACAGUUUUUAUAUUAUUCAGAAUUUGCUUUCCUGGGACUGUUCAUAUUUGAGAUGUUAAUAAAAAUGUAUGCUUUAGGAGUACAAAUAUAUUUUCAAUCGUCUUUCAAUAGAUUUGAUUGUUUGGUUAUAAUAGGCAGUAUAAUAGAAGUCAUAUGGUCUGAAUUUAAAAAAGGAUCUUCAUUUGGUAUAAGUGUGCUCAGGGCCCUCCGUUUGCUCAGGAUAUUUAAAGUGACUAGAUACUGGUCUUCAUUGAGAAACCUGGUGAUAUCUCUUUUGAGCAGUAUGAGAUCAAUUAUCAGUCUCUUAUUUCUACUCUUCCUCUUCAUUAUAAUAUUUGCUCUUUUGGGCAUGCAGAUCUUUGGAGGAGAAAUGAACUUUGAUGAUGGUCGACCAUCUGCCCACUUUGAUACAUUCCCUAUUGCUUUGCUCACAGUGUUCCAGAUUUUGACAGGAACUGAUUGGAAUAAUGUAAUGUAUGAUGGUGUAAAAUCCCAUGGAGGGAUAGACGGAGGAGGGAUGUAUUUUUCAGCAUACUUUGUAGUCCUUGUGCUGUUUGGUAACUACACUCUGCUGAAUGUGUUCUUGGCCAUCGCAGUAGACAAUCUGGCAAAUGCCCAGGAGCUUACGGCUGCUGAAGAAGAACAGGAAGAAGAAAAAGCUAUUCGGCGAGAGGAAAUGGAGAAAGAAAUGGCAGAGCAAUUUGCUGCCCAAGAGAGACCACCUUUGGUCAACAUCUGCCCACCAUCUCCACAGAACAAUGAUGAGAACACAACUGCAAAUUUUAACUCUGCAAGCAGCAGAGCAGAUAUCAAUCUGAGCCAGAACAACUUGAAGGACAACCGAGAUAAAAAGAUAACCUUGGGCAACAUUGAUACUGUUACCAAGACUUCAUCCUUUACACUGCCCUUGGCCAAUAAUAUUGAAGAAGACACAUCUGAUAUAGAAAAUCAGAAUGGUAAACCUGAGGAUCAAGGAGUCAAGUCCAACUUUAAAGCCAGGUUUCAUAAAGUUAUCAAUAUGUUCAGUGGUGAAAAAACUGGUACUACAGGCAGUGAUGCUGUUGAUGUAGAGCCAACCUCCGACAGCCAGAAUGAAAACGCAGAAUUCCAAGGGCCUAAACCCAUGUUACCUUACAGCUCCAUGUUUAUAUUUGGUCCGACCAAUCCAGUUCGACGUUUUUGCCACUUUGUGGUCAACCUGCGGUACUUUGACCUGUUCAUCAUGAUUGUCAUAUGUGCCAGCUCUAUAGCUCUGGCUGCAGAAGAUCCUGUCAAAGAUAACUCCUUUAGAAACAACAUUCUCAACUACUUCGAUUACAUCUUCACUGGUGUAUUUACCAUAGAGUUACUCUUGAAGGUAGUAGAUUUAGGUAUAUUCCUUCACCCUGGCUCAUAUAUGCGAGAUCUUUGGAACAUUCUGGAUGCCACUGUUGUUAUCUGUGCCCUUGUAGCUUUUGUAUUCAAUGACAGCGCUGGUCAAAAUCUGAAUACUAUAAAAUCCUUGCGAGUGUUGAGAGUAUUGAGACCGUUAAAAACCAUCAAAAGGGUACCUAAGCUGAAGGCUGUGUUUGACUGUGUGGUGAACUCAUUGAAGAACGUCUCCAGCAUUUUUAUAGUGUACAUGCUCUUCCAGUUCAUCUUUGCUGUCAUUGCUGUUCAGCUGUUUAAGGGCAGGUUUUUCUACUGUACUGAUGAAUCAAAGUCCACACGUGAUGAGUGUCAAGGCCAGUAUUUUGAGUUUGCUGGUAGCUCUAAUGAGCCAACUGUAAAAGAUAGAGAAUGGCUGCGUCACGAUUUUCACUUUGACAACAUAAUGAUGGCAAUGCUCUCCUUAUUCACUGUGACGACAGGAGAGGGAUGGCCCAGUAUUUUAAAGAAUUCAAUGGAUACAACCUAUGAAGACAUGGGACCUAAGCCACUUUACAGAAUGGAAAUGUCACUUUUCUAUAUUGUCUUUUUCAUUGUCUUCCCCUUCUUCUUUAUCAACAUCUUCGUUGCUCUGAUCAUCAUUACUUUCCAAGAGCAAGGUGAAAAUGAACUGAUGGAUCAGGAGAUAGAUAAAAAUCAGAAACAGUGCAUAGAAUUUGCAAUCAAUGCCAAGCCCAAGGGCCGCUUCAUCCCCAACAACAAAAACUCCAUCAAGUACAAAAUUUGGCAGCUGGUGAUGUCUUCAAAAUUUGAAUAUUUUAUAUUGACUCUUAUUGCACUAAAUACUAUUGUCUUGAUGAUGAAGUAUGACGGUCAGUCAGAACUAUAUAAAAAUGUUCUUAAAUGGCUAAAUGAGGGGUUCACUGCUUUUUUUAGUCUUGAGUGUAUUCUCAAGAUUAUUGGCCUUGGGCCUAAGAAUUACUUUUGCGACCCAUGGAAUGUGUUUGACUUUACCACUGUUGUUGGUAGCAUUAUAGAUGUGUUAAUAACUGAAUUCAUUAAAAGCCCGUACAGUUUUGGAGUUUUCCGACUGUUUAGGGCAGCUAGAUUAGUAAAACUACUUCGUCAGGGGUAUACAAUCAGAUUACUGCUGUGGACAUUCUUCCAGUCAUUCAAGGCCUUGCCUUAUGUAUGUCUUCUUAUUCUCAUGCUGUUUUUUAUCUAUGCCAUUAUUGGAAUGCAAGUGUUUGGAAAUAUUUUGCUGGACUCCAACAAAUCCAUCAAUCGGCACAACAAUUUCCGUUCAUUUUUUUCUGCACUGUUAUUACUAUUCAGAGCUGCAACAGGAGAAUCUUGGCAACUGGUCAUGCUGGCUUGCCUGGCUGAUCAACCAUGUGACCCAGAAUCUAUAGGACCUGCAGACCCUCCAGAUCAGGCCCUGUCUGGAUGUGGCACCAAUAUUGCCUAUAUUUACUUUGUUUCAUUUAUAUUCUUGUGUUCAUUUUUGAUGCUCAACCUCUUUGUUGCUGUAAUUAUGGACAACUUUGACUAUUUGACAAGAGACUCAUCCAUUUUAGGCUCUCAUCAUUUGGAUGAAUAUGUUAGGGUCUGGUCAUUGUAUGACCCCAAAGCCACGGGAAGAAUCCAUUACACAGAUAUGUAUGAAAUGUUAAGAAACAUGGAGCCUCCUGUAGGCUUUGGUAAAAAGUGUCCUUACAAACUGGCCUAUAGGAAACUUAUUCGAAUGAAUAUGCCAGUUGCAGAAGAUGGAACAGUCCAUUUUACAACAACAUUAUUUGCUCUAAUUAGAGAGUGUCUAAUUAUCAAAAUGGGGCCAGCUGAAACAAUGAACAGAAAAGAUGAAGAAUUGCGAGAGGGGAUUCGCAAACUUUGGCCAGUUCAAGGAAAAAAAAUUAUAAAUCUUCUCAUGCCACCAAGUGAUGAACUGGAAGAGGGGAAAAUGUCUGUAGGAAAAAUCUAUGCAGGUUUGCUGAUAUUUGAGAACUGGAAAGCAUACAAAGCGAGCCAGAAUGCCUCCAACAACAUUAAAAUGACCCAUCGUGAAAAGCGACCAUCUUUAUUCAGGCGGCUUAUGGGUGGAAUGAGAUCAUCCUCAAGGUCAAGCCAGUCUGUAGACUCUUUUCAUUCUGAUGACAAUUAUGGUAGUGGUGGAGAGAGUGGAGGAGGGGGUGGUGGAAUGGGUGGAGGUGGUGGCACAAGAGGAGGACAAAAUAUUGACAAGGGAGAUGACUGGAACCAACCUAGUCCUUACAGUUUUCACAGGAGGAAUAGCAGCAAAAGAAGGAAGGGAGGCGACCCAGGGGAUAACUCUAAUGCGCAGGCACAUUACAGUCCCCGGUUUGGUGGAUAUAUCAAUAAGUCAUUUACUCCGGAUGAGUUGCCCAGCUCUCGUCCACCUAUACCUUUUCGUAACAAGAGUAUGGAGCUUAAAGACAUCCCAAGUGUCUCAACACAAAAUGUGAAUGGCAGUGAACAUUCACUCAUAGCUCAAGCAGCCAAUGAAAUCACAGCAUCGUUGUCCAAACUGAACGAGCUAAACUCUGAAUUUUCUGGAGGACUUAGACCAGAACAAGCUUCAGCACUGACAGGCCUGGUUGACAGGGCUGACACAAGAUCACCACUGUCUAAGGGGUUACCCAUGGGGGCACAGAGCCCCUUCAGCUCCCCCAGGGCGUCCCCUAUACCCUCCAGACGGUCGCCCUCACCUCGUAGGUUUGAUGUUGGUUUUGCUUCUGCAGUAGAUAAUAUCUGUGAGCAAGCUCACACUAUUGCAGACCAGGAUAGACAAAAGAGAUAUGGUGUGAAAACACCUAGACGUGGAUCAACCAGUCUUGUUCAACGCUCCAGGUCCCCUUCACCCUCAAUAACAGCUGACAGCCCGCCACUGUCAAACAGAGCACACCGGCGUCUACCAAUGGCACCGUCAUCGAACUUUCCCAGGUCAAGUGCAUCAGACACACGUGUUCCUAAACUCAACAUCCCAGUUUCAGCCACUUCUUCCGUUGCUGCUGCAUCACCCCUUCCUAAGCAUCAACGCCACGCCCCUCCGCCAGGGAGGCUGGGCAGACCUGAGCCAUAUAGUCCUACAGAAAGAAACAAUUUGAAUAAAAGUUCUGACCCUUCAAGGUCUAGCACACUCCCAGGUGAUCACAGAACUAGUAGUUACCCCCGUGAUGAUUCAAACUGGGGUUCUAACAAAAGGGGUAGAGAUUCUCGGUCCCUUCCUAAGCCUUCUCCUAGACAGUCAUCCAGGUCGCCUGACCCGCAAGCUGCUGAGAGAGAUAGACAAGACCACAGAUUUAUGGCAGCCAGCCAACAAGAGGGGAGCCGUGUAAGAGGGAGCAGAUCAAGGGGAGGAAUUUUACCAAACGGUUUCAAACAAAAGGGACGCAAGCCAGACAAAUAUGAAAUGCGGAGCGACAGCCAGACUGCACUUCAAGAAGAUUCAGAUGAGGAUUGGUGUUGAUACACGGGGAUAUUUAAACCUUUUUCCCACCCCUUAUUGACCAUCAUGCUUUAUAAAACACCAAAUGGUUUUUUGUGAGAUUUAGUCCUUGUAUCUUGCAGCAUAAGUUCCUAUAAAUAUACUUUAUUUGUUUCUUACUUUUACUAUCAAACUGCACAAUUUUUUAAAAUACCAAUUUGUUGAUGCUACUUUUGAAUUUAGUUUAAAUAUUUUACUGAUGCAUUACACUUUGCUAUGUUUAGUUAUUUUUACUUAUACUAACUAGCCAAAGUGAAUAGUGAAUGAAUAUUCUUUUAUGUGAACUCCUGUUCAGUCUAUUGGCUGUCCUGCUUUUAGUCUGUUCUGCAUGUGAGCUGCUUGCCUCAGGGCUGUCUUGUACAGUUGCCCAUGCUUCAACAAUAGUAUUCAUGUUACUGAAUCAACUUGUUUUUAAAUAUAAACAAAGUCUAACUGCCAUGAAUUUUAGCAGGCUACUCUUAUAGCCUUUGUAGUCUUACUCAUUAAAUGUUUUUUAGUUAAAAAAUAUUGUGAUUUGUAUGUAUUUAACUAAAUUUAUUAUGGAAUAAGUGUGGAUUGUUUUGUGAUAAAGAUAUAUGUUUAUUUUGUUACUUGUGGUUUUUAAUAAUUUUGGAAUAAGAGACAGCUUACUUAACAAAGUAUAUAAUUAUUUUUAAACCAUUCUAAAAAGUAUUUGAUAUGAACUUAAAAUUCCUUAAUAGGUAGCUAAAUUGUUAAUCUUUAUAAAAAUAUUUGGGUUUUGUUUUUA